AUGAUUUACAAGAGAUCUAAACAAGUGUAUGAGGGGAUAAUGGACGAAAAGAUGGCUGAACUGAAAGAGAGGAGUGAACAGUUUCAUCGAGAUCUUGACAGAAGGGUUAGAACAGUGGAGACUGUGGGUCGGGAUGGAUUUGGCGUUCCAGAAUCUAGUGGGGCAAGAGCAAAUAUUGUUGAGGAAGUGGUUCCCGUAGUAGACCCAAACCCAGUGUUACUAAUAAACUUCGAUGAGUUGGAUUUCAAUGAGGACCCGGAGGAGGACCCCGAUGAGGACCCAGAAGAAGAAUCUGAGGAGAAUUUUGAGGAAAAUUCCGAUGAGGAACAGGGGGAAAUUAUGGAGGAAGAUUCCUUAGGAGUGGUAGAAGAACCUUAUGAGGAUAACUUGGGAGAUGGUUAUAAUGCUGAUGUGGAGAGGGGAAUAGCUGAUAGAGAUGAUAUUAUGAGCGAUACUGAUAGCGAAAUAGUUAUUCUAGGGGGUUGGCCGGUGAGGCGAGAAGAUCUUAUGAGUGAGGAGGAAAGUGAAAUAAUUAUGAACCCUUCUGAUUCUGAUAGCACGUCUAGCGAUGACUCUGGUGAUGCUGAUUUUGACCCUGAUCGAUACAUAGAAGAUCAGGAUCGUUUGGAUGCGUCGCCUUUAUUUGCCUGA